UGAACCCUCAUGGAAAAACACCACCCCACACACAUAUAUAUACACACAAACACAACCACCAUGACCAGCAGCCAAAAAUGGAGAACAAGAGACCAAAGAACCCUCCAAUGGGCAGAUCAAAGACCGACCUAAGGUGCAAGAAGCACCCGAAACACCGCCAGUCACCGGGCGUUUGCUCCGUCUGUCUCAAGGAGAGGCUCUCCCAGUUGUCAACUAGCUCAUCCUCACGUACCACCACCACCUUGGUCGCUAGUUCUUGUUCUUCUUCGUCUUCUCUGUCUUCUUUGUCGUCUCAGUACUCGUCUUCGGAGUCAUCUCCGGUGCACCACCACCGUUACUAUAGUGGUUCGGAGGCCAAAGGGUCGUUCUCUUUGUUGAUGAGGAGUUCAAAGAAUGUGCUCACAAAGAGUAGGUCUGUGGCUUUCGUGACGAGAAAUAUGAGAGGAGAGGCCAAGGAUGGGAAGAAGAAAGGCGGUUUCUGGUCGAAAUUGAUCCGGCCGAGGACUAAGAGGAUGGAUGAUGAUUUGUUGCACUCUAGGACUGUUAGAGAGAACAUGACCAUAAAGGCCUAUUAAUGGAGGUCUUUUUUUUUUUUUUUUAAUUUAUUUUAUUUAAUCUAGUGUGUAUAAGAAAAGAAAGUCAAAGGGAGAAUUAAUGGACAAAAAGGGAAAUUAUACAUGUAUUUGUGCAUUGAUUGUGUAACAAAUCAUCAAUGUUAUGUAAUGGGAUUGUGAAGAAAAAGGCUUUGCGCGCUUUUCCUAUUUGUUGGUGAUUUUUUUUGUUCUUAAUUAAUGUAGAAUAUGAUCUAAAGAAAGAAUCAAUGAAGAAUUAGAGAAAUUAUAUA